CACAUCGGCUCAGCCCACGUGUGCGCGAGAUUUAAAAGUUGGUGGCGCGCGGUGAUGGUCACUUUGGUGGCUGAGCUCAGCAAGAGACACACCGGGAACGGGACGCUGAGGGACAGCCAGGACACCGCACAUCACAGGGUCGCUGAUCUCCAGUCCAGAGCUGCUUUGGAGAUGUCUAGAGCAGCGGGUAGCCGCCCAGAGCUGUCUGGGGAACAAGUGGUGGCUGCAUCCCCGCUCCUGUCACUGCUGCUGCUCCUUGCCUGCUUCGCGGAUGCCUGCAGAGGUGCUCCAAUAUCACCUCAAAGAUUAUGGACAGAACAAGAAUUACAAUUGUGGAUUAAGGUGCAUGAAGCUUGUUCAUCCUUUCUGUCUAUUGAUUCCCAGCCUCAGGCACCAACUGCACUGAGGGAGCUUUGCCGUGUGGUGACGGAGAGUCUCCAGCAGCCUCUGGAACAAAAUGAAAAAGAUAAUACUAAGAGGUUCUUAUUUCAUUAUUCAAAGACAGAGAAGUCAGGAAACUCAAAUAUUGUGUCGUCUGUCGUGCAUCCGUUGCUGCAGCUGGUUCCUCAACUGCAUGAGAGAAGAAUGAAGCGAUUCAAGGAGGAAUUCCAAAGUCCUUUUGCUAGUCAAAGUAGAGGAUACUUUUUAUUCAGGCCACGCAAUGGGAAGAGGUCAACAGGUUUCAUUUAAAAUGGAUGUCACGUAAUUUUCCAUUGAAACAGCUUGAUGUGAUAUAUAACGUACUCACAUUUUGUUUUUAAAAAUAAUCCCUCUUAAAUUUACUGUUGUCACCCCUGUAUUGUAACAUUCUUUG